AUGACGUUCCUUUUCUUACGCCGUGGUGAAGAAACAAUCGAAUGCUGGGACGAUGAUGACGACCUACAAUGCUACGACGACAUCCAAUUACGCACCGCAUCAAGUGCCACAUCAGUAACUAAUUCAUCUAUUCGUCGGUCUGGUCACCGAGAUUCAAUAUCCUCUCGUCGUUCCGGACGCUCCGAUCUUGACUCCAACGUGGGUGACGAUGAGGAUUGGCAAGUUCAACUACUGGAUAAUGAAGAAGGUGUGAACGAAGAAGCCAUAGCUUCUGCCAAAAAUGCAGGAAUUCCUUUACCUGCAAAUUUGCCCAGGUCAGCCCUCGUCGGGGGCACUAUCAAACGCCUGGGGCGGAGGAAACCUAAGCAAAACUUUGUUGAUGAUUGGUCCGAAGACGUAGAGUUCCCAGGGCCAGAUGGUGUCUUGGAGCUAAAAAGUCCACAAGAGUCGACGUUCCCGGAAUCGCUCCGGCAGAUUAGCUCCGCUGCUACGAGCCCUGUGAAAACGUCGGCUUCACCCUUCUGGAGUGAUGACAUUUCUUCCCACUUGCAGUCUGCACUCGCAAAUCUGGAUAGCUACCCAGUCGAUGAUAGUGUCGACGAUGCCGAUGAUGUUCCUACAAUCAGAGCUCCAGUAUCUCGGUCUCCGCAGAGGAAUGGCUUCCUUAACGAUUCAAAGCCUGACAAACAGAACCAUGACUUAGAGGACUUUGAGCGGGAUUUUCAAUUGCCGGCGGAUGACCUGCCUUUACAACUAUCACAUCGACAGUGCAUCUCGAGGAUUUCAAGCCCUACGCCUGAUGAAUUAGAUAUUGACUGGUCUGAAGGCAGCAUUGGUGUCCGAUUUGGUGGUACUACAAGAGAUCAUCGAUCGAAUCCAAGCUCCUCGGUCUCCGUAGUCAGCCCCAGUGCUUCCAGUUGCCUGACUGCGGAGAGUGAGGAUGAAGGUCUAGAUGGCCUCGUUAUCCCCGACGGGCCUUUGGACUUAGAGUCCUCUCUUAGGAAGCGGCAAGAACCGAAGUAUGUAAACUUAAGUCACCCGAAACUAGCGAAGCCAAGCCGUGAGUCGGCCAGCACAGAUAACUUCUUCUCGGGUCUUGAAAUCGAGGACGAUGACGUCUUUGAUUCAAGGAGGCUCUCGAUAAAUCCAAACGUCAAAUGCAAGACGGAACGUCCUGGCAGCCCAGCCAGGCGUUCAGCAACUACUCUGACCUUCACGCACACAACAGGUUCCCCGAAGACUCGGAUACCCCGUCUUUCUAGUCACGAUCGUCCGCAUUCAACACACCUGGAAACUGUUUCAGAAAGCGGUGCUCCUUUAUCGAAGUUCCGAACGCCUCCGUCACGAGGAGGGGGGCAUUCUUCGCAUUCAUCACUGUCUAGCCUUACACCCUCCGGAUCUACAUUAAUGUCCCCGAUUAACUCCGCUCCAAAUCUGCGACUUGUCGGUUCGCGAGUCCCAAAGGGCUCUGUUGGUAGCGAACGUAUCACUGCGGGAAAUCAGCUACCGAAAAAGAAACGGUCAAUGCCAUCGAUGCGAAACACACAACAGCCAGCGAUACCAUCUUUCCAGCGCUCCCCUUCUCGCCAAGACGGAUCGAGCUUUUCUACCAUCCGACCAAGAACUCCGGUUGAUCGCGCAAAUGACGUGAGAACAUUAAGCCGUAAAUCACAUGCACCGUUUAUCCCAGCUGGGGCGUCAGAAAAUCAGUCACACCAUGCCAGCGUCAAAAGUUACCGGCCAUCCCGUCGUACAAAUUCGGAUAGCUCCAAUGACGUAUUCAAUUCGCAAGCUCCAUCUCGCUUGUCUCGGUCGAGUCGCCAUGAUACUUUCGGUAAUACCAUAAAUGAUUCAAGUCCCGAAGCCUUAGUCACUUCCACAAAGAGAGCACUUACCCGCCCAACCCGUCGGCGUAACUUUGGUGAUGGUACUGAACUGGCAUCGUUUGAUGACUUGCCAACGUCUACUUCAGCAGAAAGCCGAUUCGUGAAGCUUCCUUCUGGACGUGGAGCCCCGCGGUCCCUUCGAAAUAGGCUGAAUCGAAGCCACACCAUACCGGCGAGGACACAAACUCCUACCCCCCAACAACCGGUACUCGGUACUACCCCAAAGUCUCAUGACUCCACCCCAAGAUUUGCACGGGACACCAACGCCUCAAGAAACGCAAGAGAGCAGCGCAUCGCCUCAAUGACAUUCAACGCAAAGGCUCGUGAGAAUGCCUCGCUUACCUCUUUGAACGCAAUCUGGAAGGCACAAACAGUCUCGCGGGUUCCUUUAACCUCGACAAUAAGAAGCAGAAAGAGUAGACCUGCUAUUGCGGCUGGAUGCAAACCACACUUAAUUAAGCCUUUGGGAGCAGGUGUCCAGGAGGCCAAAUCUGUAAACGGCAUGCAAUACAAUCCUAAUGCUUUCCGUUGGGAAGGAAAUGAGGGCUUGAUUCGGGAGUUUGAAAAGGGUUCGCCCAAAUCACCAAAACCAGCACCCGCUCUUAUCACUAAUGUAGGCGCGAUGCAGAAUGUGCAGGUAGUUGGUGGGAUGGUGUUCGAUCCACAACGUAUGUGCUGGCUUAAACUGGCGCCACAGCAACCAGGGACAAAGGGGCUGGUGGCAGUUCAGGAUGAGGACGAUGUCUUCGCCGGUCUUGGUGACCUCGAACACAAGACUAGCAGUUCCAGACUGCGAAACUCGAGUACCUAUGAUGAUUUUGGGUUCGGUGGGAGCGGUGAUGAUCGAAGCUGUGGGGAUUCGUCAGACGAGUGGCCUAUGACGGAAGAAUUUGAUGUUGGCCCAGAAUUCAUCAGGCGUCAGCGUGCAGAAGAAGAAAAAUGGAGGCGUAAAGUUGAUAGGUGGGUCGGCUUCGAUCGUAUGAGAUUUGGGGACGGCUGGCGAUGGGCUAUUCGAGACUUGGUGCAAUUUAACAGCACAUGGGACCACAAUAGUGGGUGA